CCGGGCUUCAGCGCCGGCCGCCACUACUGGGAGGUGGAGGUGGGCGGCCGGCGCGGCUGGGCGGUGGGCGCCGCGCGGGAGAGCGCCCGGCAGCGGCACAAGGGCGCGGCGGGACCCCCGAAGAGGGAGAUCUGGGCGGUGGGCACCAGCGGCAAGAAGUACCAGGCGCUGACGGCCACGGAGCAGACGGCGCUGGCGCCCGGCGAGCAGCCGCGGCGCUUCGGCGUCUACCUGGACUACGAGCGCGGGCAGCUGUGCUUCUACAACGCCGAGAGCAUGAGCCACAUCCACACCUUCCACAUCCGCUGCCGCGAGCGCGUCUUCCCCUUCUUCCGCGUGCUGGCCCGGGGCACGCGCAUCAAGAUCUGCACCUGACGGCGUUCCCCGACAGGGGCCCCGGAACGGGGUGCUGCGCCCC